AUCGCGAGCAAACGACUGCGACAACUUGACCAAGUCAUUGAGACCCCACACUUCCACCAACAAUAAUUCUACGCAAAACCUUGUCGGACUGACGCCAUGGAUGAGACAAUGAGCGAUGCUAUGGACAACGGCCACGAAGAGGCUGAGAACGAGGCGGCAGAGCAGAAGGUGAUCAAUGAAGAAUACAAGAUAUGGAAGAAGAACUCAGUGUUCCUCUACGAUCUUAUGUAUGGUCGUGCGCUGGAAUGGCCAUCACUCACGGCGCAAUGGCUGCCAGACAAGAAGCCCAUCGAGGGGACAAACAUGAGCCAACACCGUAUCAUUCUCGGCACGCAUACUUCUGGACAGGCCCAAAACUAUCUCCAGAUCGCACACAUUGAGAUUCCAGAUUUCAAAUACCCAGAUCUGUCAGAGUACGAUGAGCAGAAAGGCGAGGUGGGCGGGCAUGGAAAUGCUAAGAAACCCUUCGACUUCACAAUCAACCAGAAGAUCAACCACCCAAGCGAAGUUAACAAGGCCCGUUACCAGCCCCAAAAUCCCGACAUUAUAGCUUCUCUUUGCACCGACGGCAGAGUACUUAUAUUCGACCGAUCCAAACAUCCCCUUCAACCAAACAAGGACGGAUCAAUCAAGUUUGAAGCAGAAUUAAUUGGUCAUAACAAAGAGGGCUUUGGACUGAGCUGGAGUCCUCUCAAAGAGGGCCAUCUAGUCACUGGUAACGAGGACACCACUGUCAGGACAUGGGACCUCAAGGCAGGCUAUGCGAAGAACAAGACUAGCAUUGAGGCCACCGCUACCUACACAAUGCACAGUGCGACCGUCAAUGAUGUUCAGUACCAUCCCACCAUUGACUUCCUGAUCGGGACUGCCUCGGAUGAUUUAACUUGGAGGAUAAUUGAUACUCGCAUGGAAUCACACAAGACUGCUAUGCGCACUAAGGAGGCAGCGCACCAGGACUCUGUCAACUGCAUCGCUUUUCAUCCCGGCAUUGACCACACGCUGGCGACUGGGUCCGCAGACCAUAAAGUCGGGCUCUGGGACUUGCGAAACACUGAGAAGAAGAUUCACGAGCUCAACGGCCACAGAGCCGAUGUCAUGAAUCUACAAUGGCACCCUCAUGAUUCAGCCAUAUUAGCAAGCUCGUCCAAUGAUAGGCGCAUUUGCAUGUGGGAUCUGAGCAAAAUUGGUGACGAGCAGACCCCAGAGGAAGAAGAAGACGGUCCGCCAGAACUUCUUUUCAUGCACGGUGGUUUCACCAAUCGCAUCUGCGAGUUUGACUGGAACAAGAACGAUGAUUGGGUCAUGCUGGCCACCGCCGAAGAUAACCAGAUGCAAAUCUUCCGUCCAUCUCGCAAGAUCGUCGAGCCGCUUCCCAAAGAUGUCAGCCGCGGGGAAGUCUCAGACUGAUCCCACAAUGUCCUCCCCGUCACAGUUAGUGUAUCAACUUGAACGGUUUGGAUUGAAAGGCCCCUCGAUGUGCAUCGAAUUCUUACAUAUGUGAUGUCGUCCAAAUAUCUGGCAGAUACCCAUCCAGCAGAUGAUGAUCACCCAAAAAUUUCUCUCACGAGAUCUAUU